AUGGGUAUGUGAGGGUUGUUGUGCUGCGUGACCCCGAGCAGUCCGACUCCUACUUAAAUUCGGGCUGCUCGCAAUGGAGAGCCCGAAUAAUUUGAAGUGUCUAUAACUGUUAUGGGUGAAGACACGCGCGCUUGUAAAAGAGUCUGGCAGCUAAAGCAGAGGUGGGCAGGAUGGAGGAGCAGACCACUGCCAGCCCCGUGGCUGCGAUCUCUCCAGUGCAGCAGAUGCUGGCCUCUGGCACUGGAGCCCUCCUCACAUCUCUAUUUGUCACGCCGCUGGACGUUGUGAAGAUAAGGCUGCAGGCUCAGCAGACACCCUUCAGUCAAGCUUUAGCCCGUGAACUCUCUCCCAGACGUGGUGUCAGCCGCUCUUCCAGAUGGAAGUGCUUUUUGUAUUGCAAUGGACUGAUGGAUCACAUCUACGUCUGUCGCAAUGGAUCCAGCUGUACCAGCUGGUACAAAACACCAACACAUUUUAGUGGGACUCUUCUCUGUACUGGUUUAACUACGAGCUGGUGAAGUCCAAGCUGUGCGAGCGGUACCAGACGCCUCAGGCCAACUUCUCCAUCAGUUUUACAGCAGGAGCCGUCUCUGGAGCUGUCGCUGCCGUCCUGACGCUGCCGUUUGAUGUGGCAAAAACUCGGAGGCAGAUUCAGCUCGGGGAGAUGGAUAAUCUGGGAGUUUACGCAAAGAGAACCACGUCCACUUGGCACAUACUGAAGAAAAUCUGGGCUGAAGUGGGCUACAAAGGCCUUUUUGCAGGUUUCAUGCCCAGGGUGAUCAAAGUAGCCCCGGCUUGUGCCGUCAUGAUCAGCAGCUACGAGUUUGGGAAGACCUUCUUUCAACAGAUGAACCUCGAUCGGCAGCAGCUCACAACCUGACGGUGCAGUUCGGAUCGAGUCUCAUCAGACAAAAAGCUCGACAAACUGUGCAGCCUGGAUUUGUUUUUGUUUUGUUUCCCAACACAAAAGAUGCAACUUCCUGCUUCUAGUGCAGCCUUUUUGUGCACUUCUUCUAUAGUCAAAGAAAGUAAGUUAGCUUUAUCUGAGAGAUAUGAAGCACAGCAUCUUUAACGACGACCCCAAGACCACUUAAUCCAACUGCAUGACAAAGCUAAAACCUUAAGACUUCAUCUGCACUGUAACCAGAGUCGAAGGGAAGUUCACUUUUUGCUUGAUAAAAUGGACAGUGCACCCAGCCCUUCACAGUACAGAGUCUAGAUAAGCUGCUCCACCUCCCAUUGCUCCUCUGCAUAAACUGCUGUUCUUUAACAAUAAAGCAUGGCAGAUCUCAGCCGUUAUCAGGUGUGUAGAUGAGAACAGAUCUGAUUUGUAUGCUGGAUAAAUGUAACUAUAUGCAACACAAGAGCUGUGAAACUGAAAAGCAUCCAGCACAAAGGACUCAAAUGUUUCUGUACAUGUCUGUUUUUGUUGAUAGUUCAAGAAACGCCACGCUUUACGACAUGCAGCAUUUUAGUCGAUGAGAGUCACUUCACAAUAGCAAAGCUGAAGCCUUACUGGACUUUCAGCAUGUCGUAAAGCAUUCAGCAUGUGGUGCUGUACUGAAAACAGUGGAAAAAUAAGAAUUUGUCAAGAACUCCCAGGAGGUGAGAGGUGAAGAAGUGCUUUAAAAUGUAAAAUUAAAAACAAAACAAACAAAAAA